UACGUCAGCGCGCACGCCGUUGCGUGCGUGUACUACGCCAGCGAGAGCCAGCGAGAGGGAGGGGGGCGAAAAAAAAAUCGCCGCCGCCGCCGCCACUGCCGCCCCCCCUCACCCGGCCGCCCCCGCGUGCCACGCCGCCCCUCGGUCGCCGCCGCCGUCCCCGCCGGUUCUUCUUUGUCGGGGAAAAUGCCUCGGGUCUACAUCGGGCGCCUUAGCUACCAGGCCCGAGAGCGGGACGUGGAGCGCUUCUUUAAAGGCUACGGGAAAAUCCUCGAAGUGGAUCUCAAGAACGGGUAUGGCUUUGUUGAAUUUGAUGAUGUGCGUGAUGCAGACGAUGCUGUUUAUGAACUAAACGGCAAAGAUCUUUGUGGGGAGCGUGUAAUUGUUGAGCAUGCUCGAGGCCCUCGUCGUGACAGCAGUUAUGGUUCUGGACGCAGUGGAUAUGGUUAUAGAAGAAGUGGAAGAGAUAAGUAUGGGCCUCCGACCCGUACUGAAUACAGAUUGAUCGUUGAAAAUCUGUCAAGCCGUUGCAGUUGGCAGGAUUUGAAGGAUUAUAUGCGUCAGGCAGGUGAAGUGACAUAUGCUGACGCACACAAAGGGAGAAAAAAUGAAGGUGUGAUUGAAUUCAAAUCUUAUUCAGACAUGAAAAGAGCCCUUGAAAAACUGGAUGGGACAGAAGUAAAUGGUAGAAAGAUAAGACUAGUGGAAGAUAGGCCUGGGUCCAGGCGCCGCCGUUCUUACUCCAGAAGUCGCACUCAUUCAAGGUCUCGCUCUCGAAGCAGACAUUCCCGUAAAAGCAGGAGUCGCAGUGGCAGUAGUAAAAGCAGCCAUUCAAAGAGCAGAUCACGAUCCAGAUCUAGAUCUCAUUCCAGAAGCAAAAGCCGCAGUCGGAGCAAAAGUCACAGCAGAGGCCAAAAGGAAAAAAGCAGGAGUCCAAGUAAAGAUGAUAAAAGCAGGAGCCGCAGCAGAAGCGCUGAGAAAUCUCGAAGUAAAAGUAAAGACAAACCACAGGAUAUAGUUCAAAAUGAUGGUGACCACCAAGCAAAAAGCAGAAGUCCCAGCAAAGAAAAGAGUAAGAGUAAGAGCCGUAGUAGGAGUGGCAGUAAGGAGAGGGUAGAAAGGGAGGAAAGGAGAAGCGUUAGGGGCAGUCGGAGUAAAGAGAGAGAGAAGAGUGUCAGCAAGGGAAGGAGCAGGAGUAAAGAAAGGAGCAGGAGCAAAGAAAGGAGCAGGAGCAAAGAAAGGAGCAGGAGCAAAGAAAGGAGCAGGAGCAAAGAAAGGAGCAGGAGCAAAGAAAGGAACAGGAGCAAAGAAAGGAACAGGAGCAAAGAAAGGAGCAGGAGUAGAAGCCGUAGCAAGAGCAAGGACAAAAGGAAAGGUAGGAAGAGGAGCAGGGAGGCCAGCAGGAGCAGGAGCAGAAGUCACAGCAGAAAUGAGAGAAACAAGAGAAGGAAUAAACGUGACAGCAAGUCUAGUAGCAAGAAGAAAAAGAGAGAAGAUCAAGAGCGGUCCAGGUCUAGGUCUAGGUCUCGGUCUCAAUCCAAGGAAAAAGAGCAUAUAAAAACAGAACCUGACCCAAAAGACGCCAAAGGCGAGGGUGAGGAAAUGGACACCAGUUGUAGAUCAAGAUCAAGAUCAAAUUCCAAGUCUAAAAAUGUCAAAUCAGAAUCUCGCUCCAGAUCCAAAUCCGUUUCAAAAACGAGAUCCCAGUCGAAGUCUAGAUCGAGAUCUGCUUCUAGGUCACAUUCUCGAUCUAGGUCGCGAUCUCGUUCCAGAUCCUAAACUUGCUGCAACCCACAUUUAGAGCUCUAUGAGAAGUCUUUUGUACAUGUUUGGUAGUUGUAGCACAAGUGAUUGGAGUAGAACACAUGUCACUGCUGUACAUUUUUAAUCCCCCCCCCCCCCCCCCCCAAAAAAAUGGUGUGUUAGUAAGUAUUUGGUCCAGUGCUCCCUCUCUGUUGCGCGUUCUGGUACUAGAGACCGAGGGCUUUCUUCAGUACGGUGCAUCAUCCUAGAUUUCCAGAACAGCCAUAGAGACGGAGCAUUGCAUUGAUGGGCUUCUAAGAUUGGAAUGAUGACUCCUAGGUAGGUAUGGUAAUUUCAACAAUUUGCCCUUAAAUUGACGCCCCUUGAUGUGUAUGCCAUUUAGUGAAAAGUGAAAAGUCUUAAAUUUCAUAAUACUUUUUUUUUGUUUCAUAUUUUGGACUUGCAGAGUAUGUGAAUAGCACAGUCAGGAAAAUAGAUACCUACAGUAAACUAUAGGAAGGGAAGAAACAAAAGUAGAGCUCCACAUUCUGGUAUUGUGACAAUAUCCUUGUUUUAUAUUUUUUAUUUUUCCCCAUCUUGCAAAAGUACAGUGACCCCUGUUUCCAUUAAAUUUGAAUAAAGACUAUUUUUGCUUGA